GCGCAGGUGGAACAUCGCUGCCCGCUCCCUAUUACCGACAGUGCGCGGUGCUGCAGGCGCACACACCCCCGUCUCCUCCCAAGUGCGACAGGAUGCGGCCGGCCCUGCUCUAGGAGACCGCGUCGCGCCUACACCAGUUACCCCGUCGCCUCGACAGCGCGCAUCCCGUCUGCACACGAAAUUUCAGUCACCUUUCCCCGUUUGACACCUUUUCCGCCGAUUCUCAGCCAUGUCGAAGCCGGAGAAGCUGAUCAUCAUGUCGUCCGACGAGGAGGAAUUGGACGAGUAUCCUGAUGGAUCGGUCCGCCUUAGAAACCCACACAUUGAACUUAUGGACCAGGACAUUCUGUACCAUAUUGCUCUUGGUAGCGAAUCGCAUGACCUGGUCUCGAUGUUUGGGGACGUGAAGUUUGUGUGUAUGGGAGGAACGCCAAAGCGCAUGGAGCAGUUUGCGUUCUACAUCAUGAACGAGAUCGGGCACAAGCUGCCGACGGGCACGACCCUGCAGGACAUCAGCCAGUAUUCGUACCGGUACUCCAUGUACAAAGUGGGGCCUGUGCUUGCUGUCAGUCACGGCAUGGGCAUCCCUUCAGUCGGCAUUCUGCUGCACGAGAUGAUAAAGCUGAUGUACCACGCUAAAGUGCGAGACCCAGUAUUUUUCCGCAUUGGCACCUGUGGCGGUAUCGGUGUCGAGGGUGGUACGGUCAUCAUAUCGGAAGAUGCAGUCGAUGGCAUGCUCAGACCUGUUUUGGAACUGCCUGUUCUAGGGAAAAUGAUACAGCGACCAGCAAGACUGGACAAGAAACUGGUGUCCCACCUCAAGAGCAUGGCUGACCCCGAUGACCCGUAUGACACAAUCACAGGCAGAACAAUGUGCACUUAUGACUUCUAUGAAGGUCAAGGCAGACUGGAUGGUGCCUUCUGUGACUUCACAGAAAAGGACAAGAUGGACUUCCUGAGUCGAAUCCAUAAGGCAGGAGUUGUUAACAUUGAGAUGGAAUCUCUCUCCUUCGCUGCCCUCACUCAUCAUGCCGGGAUCAAGGCAGCGGUCAUAUGUGUCGCCCUCAUGGACAGAUUCAAGGGCGAUCAGGUGCUGGCUCCAAAGGAAGUUCUUGACGAAUGGCAGUUGCGACCACAGAAGCUGGUGACCUGCUUCAUCAAGAAAUACCUGACAAUGAAGGGUCGGCUGUCACUCGAGGGGUUUGGAGGGUCCAUAUGUGUGAAGAGCCCCCGCCGCUUCAAGCUGGUGCAGCAGGAGUCUGAGAAUUACGACUAGUUGCUGUCAGUCGAUCAGAGUCCCAUCUGUGGCUGCAGCACAAAACACGUGGCGCAGGAAUCUUCCUCCGCUUCUGGAAUGACUCGACGGGGCUACAUUCUGGAUCGGAGGGGAUAACAUUCCGGCUGCAGCUGAAUUCUUGCAGGACUGACAUCAGAGAAAAAAAUAAAAGUAAAAAUAAAAAUAAAAAUGCAGCAUCCUUUUUGUGGAUGUUUUGCUUUUUAAUUCCAAAGAUUUAUGUUCAUUCGAUAGUGGCGUAUUUUAUUUUCUUGAAACUGGACAGAGACCAGUAAGUGAAGUGUGAGCCUUAAUCUUGUGGUCACAUGUGCUGUUAGGCUUAGGGAAAAAUGUUUGUGUUUGUUUGUAGCGGUCAUCUGACUUAUUUAUAUGCCAUUGUUUAAUGUAUAGUGUAGACUGUAGGAUAACUAUAAAAAAUGUGAGACAAGUAAGAUGUUAAUGCUUUCCUUUAAAAGGCUGUGUUUCAAAACUGGGUGAUUGUUUUAGACUAGUUCAUAAUUUCACUUUUUAUACUGUUAUCUGCAUGGUGUACAGUAGUUCGUAUAUUACUGUCACCGUGUGUUCAGUGCGAGAUGAGCUACAGCAUUCCCACUCAUUUAUAUGAGGAGUUUCAUAAGUUGGUGUUAAAUAAAGUUGUUUGUUGUUUGUCAUAUGUUGUUGUAAAGUAGUUUUUGCAAGCUAGAUGCUUAUAGGGUUUACACUUCUUGUUAAAACUGGAGAGUAUUAAUGUUACAAUAGGUAACAAAAAAACUGUGGCUCAUGAGAUGUCUGUGUGUGCUCUGGUGUAUGCAAUUUCUCUGGAUGACAUUAUAUAAAACUGCCAUAUACAUGCAGAGAUGUACUAAAUGCCUUAAAUCUGCUCACUGGUGCACAAUAAGCCCAGGGUCAAUUGCCAGAGUGAUCAAAAAAUAAAUCUUUUGUUUUUAUCAA